AUGACUUUCAACGAGACUGAUAUUUACUUUGAAAAUAUGUUUCUCUGCUAUCCACUCCUGCCAAACUCCUGUCAGAAACUGCAGCGUCUUAUUGUGGUUAAAGUGGUGAUGUAUGUUUUAAUGGUGCUGAUGAUCCUCACAACAGUUUUUGGGAACUUGCUGAUCAUCAUCUCCAUCUCUCACUUCAAACAGCUUCAGUCUCCAACUCAUCUGAUCGUUCGCUCUCUGGCUGCCAGUGACUGUCUGCUGGGCUCUUUUGUCAUGCCGUACAGCAUGGUGCGAUCUGUUGAAGGUUGCUGGUAUCUGGGAGAUUUUGUGUGUAAAGUUCAUUCUAGUUUGGACAUGACUUUCUGUAUUUCCUCAUUGCUGCAUCUUAGUUUAAUAUCUGUUGACAGGUACUGGGCCAUUUGUGACCCUCUGAGGUACAAAAUGAAGGUCACAAACAACACCGUGACUGUUUUUACUACCUUCACAUGGCUGUUUUCAUUUCUCUACAGCUUUUCUAUUGUGUUUUCAGGUGUAAACAAAAUUGGCUUGCAGUCGUUCAUAAUGCAGGUUUACUGUGUGGGAAGUUGUGUUUUGUUUUUCAACAAAGAGUGGGGUAUUAUAUGUCCAGUUCUCACAUUUUUCCUUCCUGGGACGAUUAUGAGCUCUCUGUAUUUAAAAAUAUUCUAUGUUGCACGAAAACAUGCAAAGGUUAUGUCAGAAAGAGUGACUGCAGGGUCAAAGAGUCAAAGCUCUGCUCACAGAGAGAGAAAAGCAGCUAAAACUCUGGCCAUUGUCAUGGGUGUUUAUUUGUUCUGCUGGCUGCCCAUUUUUAUUGCAACUAUCAUUGAUUCUUCCCUUAAUUUCGUGACUCCUGGUGAUGUUUUUGAUGCUUUGGUGUGGUUCGGCUACUUAAACUCCACUUGUAACCCACUGAUCUAUGGAUUUUUCUAUCCUCGCUUUCAGAAGGCGUUUAAGGUUCUCAUAUCAUCCUGUACUUAUGGCUUCAGUGAUUCAAACACCUUGACAUUUGAAUGA